GAACUAAAAGGGGACUGCUGUUACGCGCCUUGGGUGUGUCAAUGGACGUCACGAAAGUCCGCUAUCCGGUGGCUGCACUGUGGGAACUGUAUAAAGCCGCGCCACUAUCCAAAACGAUGGGGAAAAGUUGCACUGGAGUUCAAGCGUGGUGUCCUGUUGCGUGAUCUCCCGCAGCUACCCUCGGGAAACCAACCAUCUCUAUUCACUGACGAUCUGCACUGAGCGCCACAGCCAUUGCGCUGCGCUCUUUUAAGUCUAGCCUACUCUGGAGGGGGGAAACCAACAGCAGGAAUAAAACUGGUUUCAUAUUUUAGAUUUGAAACCCGCUCGCUGCAUCGGAGUCACCAGAGAUGAUGAAUUUUAUCCCCAUCUGCCUGUUAUGUGGAUUGUAUGGUGUUCUUGCAAAAGACAAAGAUCAAAAGGGGAAAUACAGCGUUCCUAUUCUGGAUGUGAAAACCCGGCAGCUGGUCCUUAACAUCAACCAGACACUACAGCUCAGCUGCAGGGGUCGCUGGGAGCUGACAUGGGCGUUCCCAUCAGGUUUGACCAAAGAUCAGGUGCAAGUGGAGGAGUCUCGCUGUGGGAGGACAAGCCAGCAGUAUUGCAGUCGUUUGAUGGUCAUCAGCACCCAGACCCAGCACACUGGCUUUUUCCUCUGCAGAUACCGACACCGAACUCAAAAACAGACCUCCAUCUAUGUAUAUGUCACAUACAGCCAGCAGCCAUUUGUGGAACAUCCGGGUAUGAGCCCAGAUGUGUUGUACAUGAAGGAGAAGCAGCCACUGGUCAUCCCCUGCCGGGUCACCCACCCUAACGCCACCACCACAUUGGUCAAGUUCCCCGACCACAGCCUGAGUCCAGACCAGAGGAACAUCAUCUGGAACAGCAAGCAGGGCUUCACCAUCAGAACUCCUACCUUCUAUUACAUUGGCCUCUUCUACUGCCAGACAAUCACUGAUGGUGUCACACACAACUCACGUAGAUACUUUGUACACAGACCAGUGAGUAACAUCAUGGAGGUCUACCUGAACAGCAGUGGCCCUGUGCAGGCCCUGAAAGGAGAGAGACUAGUUUUGAACUGUACUGCCACCGGGGAGUUGAACACCAGAGUCAACAUCACCUGGGACUACCCCGGAAAGAAUAACAACACAGGCUCCAUGUCCAAGAGGCUCCUGAAACACAGAACGCACAUGUUGUUCUACAAUAUUCUGACCAUCCCAAAGCUCCAGCGUUCAGACCGAGGCCUCUACACAUGCCACGUGACCAGUGGGGAAAAACACAAACAACAGAAAGUCACUGUUACAGUCCAUGACCGUCCGUUUAUUCGCCUGAAGUCCAGACAUGGAUCUACGAUGGAGGCGCAGGCAGGACAGAAAUCUUAUAGAAUCUCUCCCAAACUACGAGCGUUCCCUGCCCCUGCAGUCAUCUGGUUGAAGGAUGGCAUGGUGGCAGCAGAGCAAUGCUCCCGAUAUCACAUGGAUGGGAAUUCCCUUGUGAUCCGGGAUGUGGCAGAGGAGGAUGCUGGGAAGUACACUGUCCUGGUACAAAUCCAGGAACAUGGACUCUACCAGAAUCUUACGCUCACUCUUGUGGUCAAUGUGAGUCCUCAGAUAGGGGAGAAAGCGGUGUCGUUGCAGGACCCGGGCUCGGUGCCACGGGGGAGCAGACAAGCACUCCACUGCACAUCCCAUGGAGUGCCUCCUCCACACAUCCAGUGGCUAUGGCAUCCCUGCCCAUCCAAAGGCCUGUGUGUGUGUCCAACAUCCUCCUCCCUUUGGAGCCCUGUUACAGAGAGGGUCCCUGCCACGUUCACAAGCAACCACAUCCUGAGUAUUACACACAGACAGGAAGUGCUUCAAGGGAAGAAAAAGACAGUGGGGGUCCUGACUGUGGCAGAGGCCUUUGUGUCUGGAGUCUAUCGCUGCACUGCCUCCAACUCUGCAGGCACAGACCAGCUAGACCUCCACUUCUACGUCACAGAUGUCCCAGGAGGUUUCAGUGUGAGCCAGGGGGAGGAGCCUAGAGAGGGUGGCGAACUCCAUCUCACCUGUGUAGCUAAUAAGUACCUGUACACAGCGUUGUCAUGGCAACGGGUGAAUGAGACCGAGGGUGUCCAAUCCCGCAGCCCUGCCCGCAGCAGUCAGCAGCUCACAUUGGGGGAGUUUUCCAAUUCUCUGGUCCUGUUGCUAAGCAACCUAACAGCCAGAGACUCCGGCGCCUACAGAUGCUCUGCCCACCACCUGAUCAUCGGACGGGAGGCACACCUGGACAUACAGGUGGUGGUCACAAUUCUGGAGCCUCCGGUGCUGCUUAACAAUCUCACAGAUUGUACUGUCAACCUCAGCAGCUCAGUAAUCCUUAGCUGUCCCUCUAAAGGAGUCCCAACCCCAAUCAUCAUGUGGUACAAGGAUGAACGUGCUUUGUCUCAGGGAUCAGGUAUUGUGAUAUCAACAGAAGAUGGGACCCUCCAUAUUGAUCGAAUCACAGUUGAAGACCAGGGCAUGUAUACAUGCCAGGCCACCAAUGAAAGGGGAUCUGCAGAGAGUUCUGCCUAUAUAUGGGUAAACCGUGCCUCAGAGGCCUCAUUUCUGGAGAUUCCGACACUUACCUGUACCUGUGUGGUGGCCACUUUCUUCUGGCUUUUGCUGACGCUUUUCAUACGGAAACUGAAACAGCCCAACAGCUCAAACACCAAACCAGAGCACCUGUCAAUCAUUCUGGACAGAGGGGAGGGGCCAAUAGAGGAGCAGUGUGAGAGACUACAAUACGACCCCAACCAAUGGGAGUUCCCUCGAGAGCGGCUUAAAUUAGGGAAACCUCUGGGCCGUGGAGCCUUUGGUAAGGUGAUGCAGGCAGCUGCAUUUGGUAUAGACAACAACACCAGCUGCAGGACUGUGGCUGUUAAAAUGCUCAAAGAUGGAGCUACAGCCAGCGAACACAAAGCUCUGAUGACUGAAUUAAAAAUCCUCAACCACAUUGGACAUCAUCUCAAUGUAGUCAACCUACUGGGAGCCUGCACCAAGCCGGGAGGACCACUGAUGGUCAUUGUGGAGUACUGUUGCUAUGGAAAUCUUUCUAACUUCUUGAAGGGCAAGAGAGAGGUGUUUGUGUACAACACGCCGGCAGGAGGAAAGGACGGAGGGCCAGGUUGUUUUGGCAGAGUGUCUGAGUUUGAUUCGAGAGACAAGAAAGAUAAUCAACUUGAUGCCGAAUCUGCCUCCAACUCCCCUUUAUUCCUGGAGGACCUCAUCUCCUUUAGCUUCCAGGUUGCGCGAGGAAUGGAGUUUCUCGCCUCUCGCAAGUGUAUUCACCGAGACCUGGCAGCCAGAAACAUUUUGCUUUCUGAUAAUAAAGUGGUUAAGAUCUGUGACUUUGGCCUGGCCAGAGACAUCUACAAAGACCCUGACUAUGUCCGCAAGGGAGAUGCCCGCCUCCCUCUAAAGUGGAUGUCUCCAGAGUCCAUCUUUGACAAGGUGUUCACCACGCAGAGUGACGUGUGGUCCUAUGGCAUUCUGCUGUGGGAGAUCUUUUCUUUGGGUGCUUCCCCUUACCCUGGUCUUCACAUAGAUGAAGAGUUCUGCCACAGACUAAAGGGGGGAACAAGGAUGCGAGCGCCUGAAUACAGCACUACUGAGAUUUACAGCACAAUGCUGGCAUGCUGGGAGGCCAGUCCCUCAGAUCGACCCACCUUCACUAACCUGGUGGAGACCCUGGGAGACCUGCUGCAAGCGAGAGUUCAGCAGGAUGGAAAGGAUUACAUUCCUCUGGGAUCUUUCAUGACUGGAAACACUGGUCGCAGCGAGUCCUUCAAAGAAAACCUGCUUGCAGUCACAAACAUGAGUUAUAUGAGGGGUAUGGCCACACUUCAGACGUUUGAGGAACUGCCCUUCGAGGAGCCAGACAGCCCUGACGAUGAGCAGAGUGACAGUGGCAUGAUCCUCCCAUCUGAGGAGCUAAAGCGUCUGAUGUGGAAUAAAGGCACCAAGAACAGGAAACUCAGCAGGUUAUUUACCUUUGCUAACUGCCCGGACAACCAGGUGCCUUUCCUGUGCAAUUACAUCACAGGUGUCUCUGAUGACAAGCCGUCUAUCUUGCCGUGUGAUUGGGGGUCUGACGAGGGUGGCUCCCCUCCUCCGGAUUACAACUCUGCUUUUCUAUAUCCCUCCCUCUAAGCAUGUGUUCCUGAACUGAUUUACAGAUGAUAUAUAUUUUCUUGCUCGCAAUCUUUAAUCAACCAAAACGUAAUCUGCUUUUCAAUUUCAAUCCUCUACCUCAUUAGUCUAUCUGCAUUUAUUCAUCGGUCAUCCUUUUCUUCCUUCAGCCAAAUUCAGAGAUGCUUUCUCUAGAUUUAACACAAAACCUCUCUUUGCUUUUACUCAGUUCCCAAAACCAGACGCUGUUGUACAACAAAGCCUUACCAAGUAUUAUCUUGCAUUACAACACACAACCCCUUCCAAGAGCAGCUAAGUAUUACCUGAUAGUACUUACCUGAUAGUAUCAUAUGCAGUUGUGCAGAAUGUAUUUACUGACAUACAACUAUUAGAGCGUAUUGUAUUGGUACCUCAUGUGCUGAGCUUUGUGAAAAGGAACACUGCUGUAUGAAAUAAUAGUUCCUUCUACACAGCUACUAUAUGCUGGAAAGAAAGUUAUUAUAUACUGAAUUAUAGUAUGUGUUAGACAAGACGUAUCGGUCUAUAUUUAUUGUAAUGCUGUAAACAUUUCACAGAUGAGGUGUAUCUCACUGGGAAUGUUAAUAUCCACUCCGUUUAAUUUGGGUUAUUUAAGGUUAAAAUCUUCAGUCUUAAAAAAAAAAAGGAUUUGUUCAACCCAAUAGUAUCAAUGGAGGCCUCAGUAAUACAAUCUACAGUCUGCAAAAUCCCCAUAGAGAGUUUCUCUAAAACAGCUUCAACAAAAACAUUGUAAGCCUCAUAAACAUAGCAUGAAUUGCAGGGCUGCUAUAUUAGAUUGUACUGCAUACAUAAUAAACUGGCAACAGAUUGAAUAUUUAAUGAUAUAUUAAGUAUACUUUGAUAAAGAACCAAGUCAAAUUCAGAUUCAGAUUUGACAAAAACGUAUAACAUAUACACUUGCAGAACACUGUUUUUUGCUAUAUAUUAUUUUACAAAAAUAUUGAUUGAUAUGAUUACUAUAAUUACAUAUGGUGUUUUUCCUUGACAACUAGAGCUGAAAUAAUUAGUCCGUACAUAGAAAAUUAACUACUUUAAUAUCCAAUUUGAAACAAAAAUGAAUUAUUUUUCAACCAAAAUACCAAAUAUUUCUUAAUUCCAGCUUCUCAAUUGUGAGAUUUGCAGCUUUCCUGUCUUGACCCUGAUUAGU